GGGCAUUGGGGGAGGCAUGGGUGUGUGGAUGGAGAGGGCUGCCAGGCUCUGCUCCUUAAAAGUCUGAGACUGACAUCUCUGCUAGGAAGUGUUGCUUAUUUUAGCCCAGUUGUGAGCUCAAGAGAAGUAACUGGAAAAAACAGAAGAGCAAGAUGAGGGAACCUCGGUUGCAGUCCUCUGAGCUCGGCCCCGGACAAGUCCUCCUGCUGUGGCUGCUGCUGCUCUCGGCGCCCGUGCCAGGCAGCCUGGCCCGACGCUCCAGGGCCUCGAUACCCUGCCCCGCAGUGUGCGAGCCGACGCGCUGUCCCCCGCUGCCCACCUGCUCGGCGGGCUCCGCACCGGUGCUCGAUCGCUGCCGCUGCUGCCGCGUGUGCGCGGCGGCCGAGGGCGAAGUCUGCGGCGGGGCUUGGGGCCGGCCGUGUGCCACGGGGCUGCAGUGCCUCCCGGCGUCCGGGCCUGAGCGCGGCCGCGCCACCUGCGGCUGCCCCGCGGAGGGCGCGGCCGUGUGCGGGAGCGACGGGCGCACCUACCCCAGUCUGUGCGCGCUGCGGGCGGAGAAUCGCGCGGCGCGCGUCCGGGGCGCACUCCCGGCCGUGCCGGUGCAGAAGGGCGCCUGCGGGGCCCCAGGGACUGGAAGCGCAGGCUGGCUGCGGAAUAAGUACAACUUCAUCUCUGCGGUGGUGGAGAAGGUGGCGCCAGCAGUGGUUCACUUGCAGCUGUUUCGCAGGUCACAUCUCGGCAGCAAGGACAUUCCUGCAUCCAGUGGCUCUGGGUUCAUAGUAUCUGAAGAUGGGCUCAUUGUUACCAAUGCUCAUGUCCUCACUAACCAGCAGCGGAUCCAGGUGGAGCUCCAGAGUGGGGUCCAAUACGAAGCCACUGUCAAGGACAUUGACCAUAAAUUGGAUCUUGCACUAAUUAAGAUUGAGCCAAAUACUGACCUUCCUGUUCUGUUGCUGGGAAGAUCCUCUGACCUUCGGGCUGGAGAGUUUGUGGUAGCCUUGGGCAGCCCAUUUUCUCUGCAGAACACAGUGACCGCAGGGAUUGUCAGCACCACACAGCGAGAAGGCAAAGAACUGGGGCUGAAGGAUUCAGACAUGGACUAUAUCCAGACUGAUGCCAUCAUCAAUCAUGGGAAUUCUGGGGGACCUCUGGUGAACUUGGACGGUGAUGUGAUCGGCAUAAACACACUGAAGGUGACUGCAGGGAUCUCCUUUGCGAUUCCUUCAGAUAGAAUCCGGCAGUUCUUGGCCGAAUACCAUGAGCGCCAGUUGAAAGGCAAAGUUUCUUUGCAGAAGAAGUAUCUGGGUCUGCGAAUGCUGCCUCUCACUCUGAACCUUCUUCAAGAAAUGAAAAGGCAAGAUCCAGAUUUCCCUGAUGUGAGCUCUGGGGUUUUCGUAUAUGAAGUGAUCCAAGGAACAGCUGCUGAGAGCUCUGGGUUAAGAGACCAUGAUGUAAUUGUCAGCAUCAACGGGCAGCCAGUUUCCAGCACAGCUGAUGUCAUUGAAGCUGUUAAAGACAAUGAUUCCCUUUCCAUCAUUGUGCUUCGGGGAAGUCAAACCUUGUUUCUGACAGUCACACCUGACAUAAUCAGUUAAGCAUCUUACCUUAAAAGAGAUUUAACAAAACCAAAGUUUUAUUACCUGGUUUGUAUGGAAGAUGUGGCGAAGAUGGCAGAGGUUUUCUGGAGUCUUUCUCAUUAAGAAAAACAAGUGUUUAAUUAAACACCUGUGUGCUUGUGCACAUGCACCCACAGGACAGGACAUCACUAGGCUGAGGAACCACUCUGCUGCCCAGAAAAAUUUCUAAGCCAAGUGGAGGACACAAUUCCAGAAGUCUGGAGUUGAUAAAAUUUUAUUGACACAUAGGAAACAACUAAAAAACAGGCACAGUUUUUAAUAAAACUUUGACAGAGAGACACUGCAGUGUUUUAAGCCUUGUCUAUAUACAUAGAUGAAUAGAUCUAUUUACCAAAUACUAAGAAACAACUUCAGCCCAGGGUGCAAGAGUAAUCACAUUUUAAUAACACUCCUUUCUUUAGUCAGUUUUCCAGGUUUGAUGACAUUUCACCAGAGUUUGUGGAUAUGGAGGAGGACAUGAUUUAGAAAUUAAAUUAAAACUUAAUAAUGGGGGCUGGCGAGAUAGCUCAGUGGACUAAGCGUCUGCUUAGGCAAG